CAGAAAUAACUUGUCGCAAAGCCACCAUUUUCCCUUUGUAACUAAACCGGUGUUCAAAACACGUGCGUACGAUCAAGUUACAUGGAAAACUAUUGAUAACGCGAUUGUCGACUAUAUAAAAAGAUAACUAAAUAGUGCGUCGCGUUGCCUUCGACAGGUGCCGUGGGUUAAAAAUACAGAAUGAACACCGAAAAGUUGAAGAAACUGCAGUCACAAGUCCGCAUCGGCGGUAAGGGCACUCCAAGACGUAAGAAGAAGGUGGUACAUGCUACUGCAGCGACAGAUGAUAAGAAGUUGCAGUCAUCGCUGAAAAAGUUGUCAGUGAACACUAUUCCUGGCAUCGAAGAGGUGAAUAUGAUAAAAGAUGACGGUACUGUAAUACACUUUAAUAAUCCUAAAGCGCAGGCCUCCCUUGCGGCAAAUACAUUUGCCAUCACGGGGCAUGGAGAGAAUAAACAGAUCGCAGAAAUGCUUCCUGGUAUCCUCAGUCAACUGGGACCCGAGGGGUUGAACCAACUAAAGAGGUUAGCAUCAAGCGUCGCGGCGCCCAAACCUUUGGACGAGGACGACGAGGUACCUAACCUAGUCGGCAACUUUGAUGAAGCUUCCAAGCAGGAGGCCAAAGAAGUAACGGCCGAAAAGGAGAAGGAAAAAGAGAAGGAAAAGGAAAAAGAAAAGGAGAAAAAACCCGAAACAGAAACCAAAGCUGCUGACAAGAAAACCGAUUAAAGCCUCCCCUUGGAUUUAGUUUUUAAUUUUGCUCACCUGAAGUGAUAUCGAACGCUAGGGUUUCCAAAGGCAUUGAAGUGUCUCAAAAAACAGUUUCAUUUUGUAAUUUUCAUAGCUUGUGUUCCUAGAUAAAUGUAUUUUAUAUUAAUCAUGUCUCGAGUUUUAUUUUCUGGUUGUGUUUGGAACACAAUUUUUAGUUUCUUUUUUUUGUGAAUUGAGUUUUUGACUUAUGACUUUGGAAAUCUGCUCUGCCAUCCAGGAUUUGUAUGAGUGCUUCACUUCUUUACCUUGCACUACUUUUAUACCAACUAAUUUUAGUAUUUAUGUACUGUACCAUACAGCAUAAUGAAUUGCGAAUGUCCAUUUUAGGCUCGGUUAAGUGUUAAAGCCUUGUUGACAUGAGCAAUAUUACAUAUUGAUAUGUAUAAGAAUCCUAGGAAUUAUUUUUGACGGCACAC